AUGUUCGUCAAAUCCGAGACCUUGGAGUUGAAGGAGGAAGAGGACGUGCUGGUGCUGCUCGGCUCAGCCUCACCCGCCUCGGCGGCCCUGACGCCGCUGUCGUCCAGCGCCGACGAGGAAGAGGAGGAGGAGCUGGGCGCGUCGGGCGGGGCGCGUCGGCAGCGUGGGGCCGCGGCCGGGCAGGGGGUCCGGGGCGGCUCUGUGGCGGGUGGCGAGGGCUGCCGGCCCGCGCGGCUGCUGGGUCUGGUGCACGAGUGCAAGAGGCGCCCCUCCCGGGCGCGGGCCGUCUCCCGCGGCGCCAAGACGGCCGAAACGGUGCAGCGCAUCAAGAAGACCCGUAGGCUGAAGGCCAACAACCGCGAGCGCAACCGCAUGCACAACCUCAACGCGGCGCUGGACGCGCUGCGCGAGGUGCUGCCCACGUUCCCCGAGGACGCCAAGCUCACCAAGAUCGAGACCCUGCGCUUCGCCCACAACUACAUCUGGGCGCUCACCGAGACCCUGCGCCUGGCAGAUCACUGUGGGGGCGGCGGCGGGGGCCUGCCGGGGGCGCUCUUCUCCGAGGCCGUGUUGCUGAGCCCUGGAGGCACUAGCACCGCCCUGAGCAGCAGCGGAGACAGCCCGUCGCCCGCCUCCACGUGGAGUUGCACCAACAGCCCUGCGCCAUCCUCCGCGGCGUCCUCCAAUUCCACCUCCCCCUACAGCUGCACUUUAUCGCCCGCCAGCCCGGCCGGGUCGGACAUGGACUAUUGGCAGCCCCCACCUCCCGACAAGCACCGCUACGCACCCCACCUCCCCAUAGCCAGGGAUUGUAUCUAG